UCCCCGAAAUUGGCGGAGGUUCGGAACCAGGGAGAGCUCGCGCUCCUCCCUCUCCCACGCAUCGCUCUCCUCACUCAAGACUCGCAGUCCCAGCUAAAGCCCGAAGCGGAUUGCGGCGGAACGGCCUGGCUUUGCUUGUUGCCUCUUUAAAGCCGCCGAAUCUGAGCAUGCUCAGUAGACAGGCUCGGUUUGGGUCUAUCAAGUAGGAAGCUUGUGCACUCUUCCGAGCGCCGAGCCGCCGCGGGGGAAAAAAUGGAGCCGUUCACCAGCGAUCGGCUUCAGCUCCCCAGGAACAUGAUUGAAAACAGCAUGUUUGAGGAAGAGCCAGAUGUGGUGGAUUUAGCCAAAGAGCCUUGUUUACAUCCCCUGGAACCUGAUGAGGUGGAAUAUGAACCUCGGGGCUCAAGACUACUUGUUCGUGGUCUUGGAGAACAUGAGAUGGAUGAGGAUGAAGAGGACUAUGAAUCAUCUGCAAAACUGCUGGGCAUGUCUUUCAUGAACAGAAGCUCAGGUCUUCGGAAUAACAUAACCGGCUAUAGACAGGGUCCUGAUGGGGCUUGUUCACUGCCCUCUGCAAGGACCAUGCUAGUUUGUACUUUUGUCCUUGUGGUUGCUGUUUCUGUAAUAAUGGUGAUUUACCUUCUUCCCCGGUGUACCUUUACCAAAGAAGGCUGCCAUAAAAAAAAUCAGUCCAUGGAACUAAUACAACCUAUUGCAACUAAUGGGAAGUUGUUUCCCUGGGCUCAGAUUAGACUUCCCCAAAACAUAAUGCCAUUACAAUAUGAACUCAACAUAUACCCAAACCUUACCACAAUGCAAUUUAAGGGUUCUGUGGAGAUUAAGGUUCAGGUCCUUAAAGUCACUCGAAAUAUUAUUCUUCAUAGCUCUGGGCAUAAUAUCUCAAAAGUAUUAUUUGCUUCAGGAGUUUCAAAGCAAGAGAAACAAGUUGAAUUCUUGGAAUAUAAAUUUCAUGACCAAAUUGCAAUCGUAGCACCUGAAGCACUUCUGGAAGGACACAACUAUACCCUGAAGAUAGACUAUUCAGCAAAUAUAUCUAGCAACUACUAUGGAUUUUAUGGAGUCACAUAUGAAAAUGAAAAUAAAGAGAAAAAGUACUUUGCAGCAACUCAGUUUGAACCUCUUGCAGCAAGGUCUGCUUUUCCUUGUUUUGAUGAACCAGCAUUUAAAGCAACAUUUGUCAUCAAGAUUGUGAGGGAGGAGCAAUAUACAGCUUUGUCAAAUAUGCCUAAGAAAUCAUCUGUUCAAAUGGAAGGUGGACUUAUUAAGGAUGAAUUUUUUGAGAGUGUGAAAAUGAGUACAUAUCUGGUUGCCUUCAUUGUGGGAGAAUUGAAGAAUAUGACCCAGGAGACAGAUGGAACUCUGGUUUCUAUUUAUACUGUACCAGAGAAGAUUGAUCAAGUCAAACAUGCCCUUGAUACAGCAGUGAAACUUCUUGAAUUUUACCAACACUAUUUUGAAAUCAAGUACCCUCUUCAGAAAUUGGAUUUGGUAGCUAUUCCUGACAUUCAAGCUGGAGCUAUGGAAAAUUGGGGUUUGAUCACUUUCCGAGAAGAAACGCUCUUAUAUGAUAAUAAUACUUCUUCUGUGAUGGAUAGAAAACUGGUUACAAGAAUAAUUGCACAUGAACUGGCUCACCAGUGGUUUGGCAACCUAGUAACUAUGCAGUGGUGGAAUGAUCUUUGGCUAAAUGAAGGAUUUGCUACUUUCAUGGAAUAUUUCUCCUUGAAUAAAAAUUUCAAACAGUUAUCAAGUUAUGAGGACUUCUUGAGUGCUCGUUUUAAGACCAUGAAGAAGGAUUCUCUCAAUUCAUCUCAUGCAACGUCAUCUUCCGUCCAGUCUUCAGAGCAAAUUGAAGAAAUGUUUGAUUCUCUUUCCUAUUUUAAGGGAGCAUCUCUUUUGUUAAUGCUGAAAACUUUUCUGACAGAAGAUGUGUUUCAACAUUCUAUUGUGAUUUAUUUGCACAAUCACAGUUAUGCAUCCAUUCAAAGCGAUGACCUUUGGAAUAGUUUUAAUGAGGUUACAAGAGAAACUCUCGAUGUAAAAACAAUGAUGAAAACUUGGACCCUGCAGCCAGGAUUUCCUUUGGUAACUGUUCAAAGAAAAGGGAAACAAAUUUUCGUACAACAAGAGAGAUUCUUUCAAAGUGCUACAAAUUCUGGAGUUCAUCCUUCAGAUUCAAGCCAUCUGUGGCAUAUUCCACUCUCCUACAUCACUAGUGAUUGUAAGCAACCAGAUUGUCCACAUAGGUUGUUACUGGACAAAAAAUCAGAUGUCCUCAGUCUUACAGAAGAAGUACAAUGGGUUAAGUUCAAUGUGGAUAUGACAGGGUACUACAUUGUACACUAUGCAGAUCCUGACUGGGAUGCACUAAUUCAGCAAUUGCAAAGAAACAUUAGUGUCCUGAGUGACAAAGACCGAGCUGGCCUCAUCAAUAACAUUUUUGAGCUUUCAAGCCUAGGAAAGGUGUCUCUGAAAAAGGCCUUUGAUCUGAUUGAUUACCUUGGAAAUGAAACUCAUACUGCACCAAUCACUGAAGCUCUCUUCCAAACUGAUCUCAUCUAUGACCUGCUUGAAAAAAUUGGAGAGAUAGAGCUAGCCCAAAGGAUGGUGACAAGGCUGGCAAAAUUGCUUCAGCACCAAAUCCAACAGCAAACCUGGACCGAUGAAGGUACGCCAUCCAAGAGAGAACUUCGCUCCCUCCUGCUCAACUUCGCCUGCACUCACCGUCUAGACAACUGUAACUCGGAGGCCCUGAAGCUGUUCCAAGCCUGGGUAGAUUCAAAUGGUACUAAAAGCCUGCCGACUGACGUCCUGACGGUGGUGUUCAAAGCCGGAGCGAAAACCGAGGAGGGGUGGAUGUUCCUGUUUGAGAAGUACAGCUCUCUAGAGUCGGAGACCGAACGGAACAAAAUCCUGGAAGCUCUCGCCAGCACGGAGGACGUCCGCAAACUGCACUGGUUAUUGAGAGCUGGUCUUGAUGGAGAUGUCAUCCGAGCACAAAAGCUGCCCCUCAUCAUUAAAACUGUCGGCCGAAGUUUUGCUGGACAUUUAUUUGCGUGGGAUUUUGUCAAAGAGAAUUGGAAUAGGCUUGUACAGAAGUUCCAUUUAGGAUCCUAUACCAUUCAGAGCAUUGUUGCUGGCACAACUCAUCUAUUUUCGACAAAGACACAUUUGUCUGAGGUACAGUUGUUCUUUGAAGCCCAGUCAGAGGCAACCUCACGACUUCGUUGUGUCCAGGAGGCCAUACAGAUCAUCCAGUUGAAUAUCCAGUGGAUGGAGAAGAACCUAAAAAACCUGUCUUUCUGGCUGUAGAGUAUACAACAUUGCUUCUUUGUGUUUGCCGUGCAGAAAGUUUGUGAAAUGUCGAUUUGUUGUUGCUUUUGCAAAAGCCAGGAUGAAGCCAGGCAUCACUGCAGCAUCAUUUGCACUAGUAGGUCACCUUGUGAGGGAGCUCAGGGUUCAUCCCCUGUGUUUUUUAUCUGUGUUCCCUGGAGCGCCUGUGGGCAGAACGUGGGCCACUUAUUACAGAGCCCUUCACCGAUGUCCACUAAACAUCUACAGAAAAUUUUAAAUGAAAAACCUAUGAAUGGAGAGGGAUGGGGAAGGGACACUCCAUUUAAAAACUGGUCUGGGUUCUGGACUUUGGAAGUGCUCCUGGGUAAGCUUCUUUGCCAAGUUCUAGUUUAUCAGCGUCCCUCACGCCAAGACACUGACAAGCCAAUGAAGCAAGACACUUCAUGCUCAGAAUGUAAGGCCGAGUAAAACCUCUGAGUCUACUAGUGAAGUCAGAUAAGCAAAGCAUACAGUGAUAGAGAAUUAAAGGCAAGCAGUAUGUUGGUUUGGGCUUCCAACUUUUUUUUUUUUUAAUUUCAUUCUAAAUAGGAUGUGUAGGGUACAAAUUGGAUUUACGUAUGUAUUUUGGGUCUACUGAGUAGCCAGGUGCUACAGAUAGUAAAACUAUCUCUUAUCUAUGAAAGCCAAAUAUCAGGAAAGAGUAAGUUGUUGGGUCUAUUUUGAUUUUGUAUAUGUGUGUGUAUCUGUAUGUUCAUAUAUUUGGAUGUAUGUGUGUGUAUUUACUUUUGGACAGCUCCUAAAACAUUGCCAUAGGAAAUUGCUCCAGGUUGGAUCAGAUGUUACGUGUAGUUACUUUUUCUUUAGCUACUGAUUUUUCCACAUAGUUCCCUCCUUCCCCCUAGGGAAAAAAAAAAAAAGAAAAAACAAAACUAGUUCCAUAUAUACUCCAAUAUCAGCCCAGGCCACUUCUUAACCUUUGAGUUUAGGGAUGUAUCACCAAAUGUUAUAUCUUAUGUUCUGGUAGCACUUAUGUCUCCUUUUGAUUCUCCAUUACCUUGAUUGCAAUAUGAGUUAAGGAAAUUUUCUCACGAGAUUGUCCCCACUUGAUGUAUUUUCAUUUGACUUGAUGAAGAAGUAUCUUGGGCUGUCAUUUUAAAUUCAGGACAUUUUAGAAAUGGAAAUAUCUCUCAUGUGAUAUAACCUAUUUGUACCUGAAAGGAGGAUAAUGUGGAAAGGAAGUAAAUUAAAUGCAUUUUAAACUAGUUGACUUUGAUUUUUUCCUAGUUUUAGAAACAAUACAUAAUUUGAAACAUCUUUUUCUGUUAUUUUGGUUGAAGUAACAAAUAAUUUUAAGAAACAGUAAGGAAAAACCCUUCGUCCCCAAUGCUGUUGUGAACUGUGGCAUUCUGACUCUCUUUGGGAGGCUAAGAAAGCUAUUCUUGAAUAAUUUGGAGUAGACAGAUGCUGUCCCAGAUUAUUGUGUUUCUCAAAUUCUUAGGAGAAAAGGUUCUCCAAGUUCUUGUUUUUUUUCACACUUUGCUUUAAAACAUUUCUGUAAAACUAUAUUCCUUUGCGUGCACUUUAAAACAUUCUGCAUAGUUGAACAAUAGGAAAGGGUACAUUUUUCAUUCAAUAGGAUCAAGUUAGAUAAUCAGAUAUCUUUUAAGUUAUAUGUGAGAGCAUGCAUGAAACUAUAUUUUAUUUUGUGUAAGAUAUUUUUAUAUGGAACUUAAAAGUAAAGCAAGUUACACCGUAACUUUUUUUAAAAAAGGAAAUUAUAAUCCAUUCUUUUUUCUCAGUGCAAUUUCCUUCCCCCUAUUCUCUCCAUCAAUUACAGAAUAGAAAACAUAAAACCCUGACAAUCAAACCAGGGUGCCAUGUUGAAAGUAUUGGGAAUUUAGGAAUUUUGCAUACUUCUAUGCUUAGAAAAACUAAUGACAAAUUGAUAUGGGAAACUAUCACAAGUCUAAAUUCAGAAAUGUGAAGAAAAACAGUUAAACUUUAGAGGAUUCUUUUUUACCAUGUUGAAUUAAUGAAAUAUUUUACAUUUCCCUUUGAUACUGAAUUUGGUUCUUGAUAUUUCUUAAAUUUAGAAACAGAUAUGCUUCAGAUAUGUUUUCCCUUUGUUGUACUACAUAUGUGUAGUACAUUUUGAAUCUCUAGGGUAUUUUUUUCUUUUGAAAUUUACUUGUUCUUUUUAUCUUUGGCACUAUAAAUCAAACAAAAUACUCUCUUUUGAGCAUUAUGGAAGAGAGGGUUUGUCUUGAUCCCAUUGCUGACCUCUUUCUCAAAUAAUGCUUAUUUCCAUGCCUCAGUUUUGUAGUCAUUGAGUUAAAUACUUGAUAAAGUGUUAAUGUUUAUUCCGAACCCAUGCAAAUGACAGCUGUUUUUGAAACUAACUCGAAACCUAGGGAUUCAAGAUUAAAAUACAGUGGAAACUGUAUGUACAGAAUAUCAUUUUUUGGAAAGUCUUUUCAGUCUCUAAAUCUUUAUCUCACCUAAGACACUGGGAGAGUGAGGUCCAGUAGAUGGAAGCCCAGGAAUCAAAACAUGCUUUUUCAUAACAUCAUAGAUUUAUGGCUGAAAAUUAAAUGCCUCCUCAACAGAGUCUAGCAUAUGUAUGCCUUGUAUAAAUAGAGGUUGGACACAUAACAUACAGAAUAGAGAAUGAUAGAAGGAAAUUCAUUCAUUUUGAAGCAGUGGAGCUUAAGGGUGGUAGAAGCAAAAAUAUGUUGCCCAAAAUGUGUUGUUUUUCAAUAUUCAGGUGAUUGGAUGUUUUAGUCUGCAAGUAUUUUGAAACUUCUAUUAUAAGCUAGUGCCUUGUUCCAUCUUGUUUAGCUUACUUAUAAGCCAUUUUUUAGAGCUCCUGUGAUGUUUGGCCAUAUUGGAGAGCUUCAUAUAUUCCAAGAAUUGUAAUAAUUCUAUCCAUCACAAAUUCCAACCUUUACACAUUUUCUUUCCAAAUGGUAAUUUAUUUCUAUUUUUGUAAAUAAGGAGAAUAAAAUGAGAACAAUUUUCACAGUCUUGUUUCUACAAAUUGACCAGAUUUAGAAUUGGGUUGACAAACAAGACCCAUAUUUUGAAAGCGUUGAAAAUAAUAUAAAACAAUCUCAAGGCGAUAAAUAUUGUGAGUUGAAUCAGUGAAGUAGCAAAAGCAUUUAUUAAGCAUUUAUGGUGCCAAUAGCCUGCUAAGAAUAGGAAUCAUGAGUAAGAUUUUAAAAGCACCAAGCCUAGAAUUAUGCCAUAAAGGUCUGUAACCUGUAGCCAAAACAUUGCACAUUCAGAGCACUUAAGCAGAUACAUUUUUCAUGUGAGUAUUGCGGAAUUCUGUCCAUUUUAGAAGAUAAAUGAUUGAAAAAAUUUUGGAAGACAAAUGAUUUUUAAGAACUGGAGUUUAUUUGAGCUAGAUUUUUAGAGUUCUUCUAAGAAUUGAAAUCAAGUGCACUGUGUCUCCCUCCUUCUUCCUAACCCCAGAUGCUUUUAUUUCCUCCUGGGAUGUAUUAGGUAUGGUGUGUGUAUUGCUUUUUUCCCCAAAUGUCCAUAGACAAGCAUGUUAGACAUGCCUCUAUAAUUUAAUUUUGCUAUUUUUUCAGUCUUUUUUUUUAGGUACUAAUUAAUCUUCUAACAGUCAGUAUAGAUGAUUAUGUUUAUCUAAUGCCUACCAAUGUACUGACAACUUCCAGUACACCUGUUUUAUUAUUAGCAGCCUUGGAAUCUCACUAGUUCCCUUGCUUCAAGCUGAAUCCUUUCCAUUUGGCUUAAUGUUGCAUCAAUGUAGUGGCCUUGUUAAUGGUAGCAGAUGUGUAACAAAUGAGAUGAGUGACUGUUUAGAAGGAAAGAAGGAACUUUUGUUACAAAUCAGUUAUGGAAAGAAAUCAUAUCUGUUAUAACUUGUGAUGAAUAAAAAAUCUAUUGAAAAUCUCAGCAAAGCAAAUUUUUAAAAGUUGUGUAUAUUUAGGUAGGCACCAGUAAAAGAAAGGUCAGUAGUAUAAAUAUAAGCUAUAUAAUAAGGUACCAUAAAAUAGCAGCAUUGACUAGGUCUCAGUUAAAGAAUUAUAAAAAUGCAGCCCUCCUGAGAACUGUUAGGUAGGAGAUCUGUCCGGAGAAUGCAAUUUUAAUUGCUUCAAUAACAUGCAAUAAGCACUUAGUGAGUAGGGUUGGUCCAUCAGCAAUAUUUCCUAAGCACCUACUAUGUGCCAGGCACUGUGCUAAGCUAUAGAGUUACCCAAAAAGGUGAAAGACACUGCUUUUUUUCAGGUUGCUCCCAGUCUAAAGGGGAAGACGAAGUAUAAGCAAGUGUGUACGAACAAGCUCUGUGCAAGAUAAAGUGGAGAGAAACAAGAGAGGGAAGGUACUAGCAUUAAGGAGAAUCAUGAGUAAGGCAGAAUUUUAGCUGAGACUUCAGGAGAGCCAGGAGACAGAUAAGGAGGGUCAUGAAAGACAUGAUAGACAUGAAGAUACAAACAGGCAGGGGAUGGGGACUCUGGUGUGAUGAUCUACAGGGAGUGCAAGGCUCAUCAAAAAGGUGGCCAACCUUUCGUGACCUUGCCUGGGGUAACGAACAUACAGAGUGACGAAUGGACGCUAUAUGAAAAAGCAUAACGACCCUUUAUUGAGUUCAAACAAAGCAAUAUAUAGGUUGAGACCACAGGAAGAUAUGAUGUUACUGCCCAGCAAGAGCAGGAACCAAUAAUUGGGCAGAUUCAUAGGAAUUCAUGACGUUACCUGCCAGGCACAGGGAAGAACCGAGAGGAUUCCAAACAAAGACAGAGAAGCAACUUUCCCACAGACUCUCACAAUUUCUCACAACCCUUAUCAGUCCUCUGCUGGCUACUCCAACCUUACAGUUUCUUUCUCACAAACCUUAUCAGUCCUCCCUCUGAUGCUACUCCAACCUUGAGCACACAGCUGGGCAGGUCGUACACAGUUCAACCCACGACCCUGACUAUGAAGGCCAAACAGAGAGAAGAAGAGAGGCUUAACCCUUAUGGUUCUGCCUUUACGGGAAUGCCUUGACUACAAGGGAGGCCAGUAUCAAUGGAUUGCAUCGUAUUGGGGGGUGGAGACUUUGAAUGCCAAACAGAGUAUUUUCUAUGUGUUCUUGGAGGUGAGAGAGAGUCACUGGACUUUAUUCAGUGGGUGGUCAGCCCUGCAGUGAAUGGAGGAUGGACUGGAAUGUCCAGCUCUGAGGAGAUGCGAGUCCACGCUAGGGUAUGGCACAUUGGGUGAUGUUUUCAAAUCCAUGUAAAAUGCAUAAAUGGAUAGAAGGUUCUCAGAACUGCCUCACAUCAAAUGUGCAUUUGGCGUUUUUUUUCUCCCAGUGUCUUUGUGCUAGGGAUUUCACCCAUGCCCUAUGCCCAACCUGUGUCCCCAUCUUUGUCAACUUGUUUUUCAUUAGAUAGAACAUUCCUUUUUCCGAUUCAAUUUUUGCUGUUGCCUGUCUUAGAUGUUAUCUUUUACUGCACUCUGAAACAUAAAAUAAGGCUGCCUCAUUAACUGUGCAUUUUUGGAAGCUUUUCAUGUAGCCAGACCUGUAUGUUAGCAUUCUGGUAUCACAUUUCACAGUUGCUUCAUCUACCACAUGGUAAAUGUUACUGUUCCACAUUUGGCUGUAUCAAAGAAAAUGAAUGUGUAAACAUUUUAAUAGCAUCUUAACAUAAUUUGUUUUUACUGCUAUUUAUUACGAUGCUACUCGGUCCUACAAAAUUGUAUUUCUUUAUUUUUUCCCCCAGUGGGCAUGGACUUCAGGAAUGCCAUAUGAUGUAGGGAAACAUUGCAAACAAGUGUUAUUUACCAUAUUAAUCUCUCAGGUUAUAUUGUUGAAAAAUGAGUUUAUACUUUGCUGUUACUUAAACCUGCUGCUGUGGUAGAAAUAAAGGAGUUUGUACAUGAUCAUAAGUAAGGGAGAAAGGGCACCUUUUUUGAGUUAGUCAUGGUAGUAAUUUCGUAAAUUCUGUAUGGUUCUCAAUCUAAAAUAUUUGCUUCAAAAAGAAUCAAGGUUUGGUUUGAUUGGAUAAAAUGCUCUAGAAGUUGCACUGAAUGAAAUGAACCAUCAGUAAAAUAUAUAAUAUAUAUGUCUGUAUGUAUAUAUGAGAAUAUAUUAGAACGAUAAUACAAAUGGAGCAUUUGCAUCAACUUUUUAAACUCACAUUGAGAGAAAACAAAAUCCUUUAAGUCUUAGUCCAACUAAGUCUCAAUAAAGCCAAGUACUAUAGCUAUCAGGAAAAGUAGCUUUAGAGUACUUUGGGAAUGAAUAAUUUAGACACUUGUAAAGGAAUAGCACUUUGUGUUUUUUAAUUCCUUUCGAAGUAUACAGUACAAAUCUUGCGACGAUGCUUUAGCUGGUAAAAUUCUAAGCUUGUAUCAUAAUUUGCUUUUAGUUGGAAGAAUUUUGAAAAUAGGUUGUAUAUAUGAUACUGUAUAUGCAAAUGUUUUUAGUUUUACUUGUAAAGUGGGGGGGGGGAAGCUUAUUUUCUUUACACUUCUGAUAAAUUGUUUUGCAUAUAACCAGCACUGACUGAAAGGCAUGUGUAACUGCAUACACUGUUGCUUUUUUGUGAGAUAAAAAUAAAUAUUUAAAUACAA